AUGUGAUAAGGAUUCCGCAGGACAUGGCAACCCGUAAAUCUCACGUUCACCUACACAGAGGAUGAAGCGCGCGCGCGCUCUGGUUUUCUGCGGUAUAUUCUCAGACGCCUGAAGCAGCUCCAGGAAGAUGGCUGGGAACGUGUGGAGGUCAACGGUGUCCCGUGUCCUGGGUGCACUGACACGCCAAACACAGCCCAGAACUGUAACCAGAGGGAUGCAUACUGUAACAUUAAUUCCAGGAGAUGGAAUUGGUCCUGAGAUCUCCACAGCUGUAGCAAAGAUAUUUGAAGCAGCUAAAGUUCCCAUUCAAUGGGAGGAGAGAAACGUGACUGCGAUUCAAGGACCUGGAGGAAAAUGGAUGAUCCCCCCUGAAGCCAAAGAGUCAAUGGACAGAAGCAAAAUUGGACUGAAAGGACCUCUAAAGACCCCUAUUGCUGCUGGCCAUCCAUCCAUGAACCUGCUGCUUAGAAAGACAUUUGACCUGUAUGCCAACGUGCGUCCCUGUGUAUCCAUUGAGGGCUUUAAGACUCCUUACACAGAUGUUGACUUGGUUACCAUCAGAGAAAACACUGAGGGAGAGUACAGUGGAAUUGAGCAUGUGAUUGUAGAUGGGGUUGUGCAGAGUAUAAAGCUGAUCACAGAAGAUGCCAGUCGUCGCAUUGCUGAGUAUGCCUUCGAAUAUGCCAAGAAUAACCAGAGAACCAGUGUAACAGCUGUUCACAAGGCCAACAUCAUGCGCAUGUCUGACGGCCUGUUUCUCAGAAAGUGCAGAGAGGUGGCUGAGAGCUACAAGGAUGUCAAAUUCACUGAAAUGUACUUGGAUACAGUGUGUUUAAAUAUGGUGCAGGAUCCCACUCAGUUUGAUGUGCUUGUUAUGCCCAAUCUGUAUGGUGAUAUUUUGAGUGAUCUUUGUGCGGGAUUAAUUGGAGGUCUAGGAGUAACUCCUAGUGGCAACAUUGGCGCUAAUGGUGUCGCAAUAUUUGAAUCGGUACAUGGAACUGCACCUGAUAUUGCUGGGAAGGAUCUUGCCAAUCCUACUGCUCUGCUCCUGAGUGCUGUGAUGAUGUUGCGGCACAUGGGACUGCAUGGCCAUGCCAAAAAAAUUGAGACCGCUUGCUAUGACACCAUCCGAGAGAAGAAGGUUUUGACCAAAGACCUUGGAGGAAAUUCAAAGUGUUCAGAGUUCACAGCUGAGAUUUGCAGACGAGUGCAGGACAUGGACUGAGACAUGGCACUUGAUGUUACCGAUUACCUGUGAUCAGGUUUCUGCCCUUAAAAGGCAAAAAAAAUAAAAUUGCCUUCAUAGACCUAUCUGUAUCUGCGCACAAUUAUACUAUAAAUAUGUAUGUAUCUGUUGAGAAAAAUAAUUGAAUGUUGAUCUAACGUUUUUCUUUCCAUCUUCAAAACAUGAAAACAGUUUGUCAACUGUAUACUGUCAACAAUAUAGAACUAUAUAUGUCAACGGUAUAAAUGUGUUUUUCUCUGUCUGUAUAACCUACAAUGUCCUUUAUUUAUUGACUGAAGAUGUUUUCUGAUCCCUCACAUUAUAACAUAACCACUUUGUCACUCAUUUAAUGGCAGUUGUAAACUUUCAGUUUAAGACAACAAAUACAUUAAAGUUGCUGAUAUUUUGAA